UUCUACAACCCGAAAUCUCUUGCUACCUUUGUGUACUGAAUACUCCGUUUUUCUUGGAAAUGGAAGCGACUCAGAAGCAGAAAGGGACUAUUAAGAGCAAAUUGGCGAAAUCCUUCGGUCUAGGGACCAACCGAACUUGUCAGCCGCAUUGCAGCAGCAAAGUGAGAUCCGGCCCGUCGUCCCCGCCACUGAUGAACCAGAAUGGUUCGAACCAUUGGUCGCUGAAGAGGAUGUCGUAUGCUAGCUCUACGCCAGCUGCUACUGCCACUCUCUCCCACCCAAAUGGGUUCGUAAAUGCUGCUAGUAAAGGCUACACGAACCCAGCUUGGGGCGGAUAUGGAGGUGAUGAGAACGUGGACGUGAAGGCGGAGAGCUACAUUUCGCAUGUUCGAGAGCGUUUCAAGGAGGGAGUUGAUUCCACUAGUGCCAAGUACCAGGAAAUGCUUUAGAUGGUCGUUUAGAGCCAAGAGAUUUGCAGAACCACUACCCAUUGGGGCAUGGUUAUUUCUUAUAAUAAUUUGUUAAGAUUAUA